UGCAGUAAACCCGUGAUGACGUUGCAGUGCAGGUGGGGCCGCGAGGGCUCGCACGGCGUUUGCGCGUUCCCGAGAGCGUACACGAGCCGCCGUGUUGACGGACCAGAUCAGUGCAGGAGAGGCGACAUGUCUGCUACUGGCGCCGUGCAGCAGAACAACAAUGAAGAGCCAGGCCUAAACGGGUCCUGGGUGGAGUUGGAGCUAAAUGGGAACAUGGCAUCUGGAAGGCAGCAGCUGAUCCCAAGCCUGGCUGUCUCUGAGGACAACAGGAACCACGGUGAAACGGAGCCUCCACAAUCCCUACAGGUGGUGCAAGAAGUUGAGGAAGAGAGCCUGACUGGAGGACUUGAACAUGUCCCCUCAUCCUCUUCCAUCCAUAAUGGAGACAUGGAAAAGAUCUUACUGGAUGCCCAGCAUGAAUCCAGUCCCAGUGGGUCCUCCUGUAAUAGUCCUCCAAGACCCCACAGUCCUGAGCAUGAUGAAGGCCUGAUUACCUUUGAUGUGGAGAUGCCCAGUGAGAAAGAUUGCCAGUCAGAGGAUGACAGUCUGGAGAAGGACAAAGAGGAUGACAUGGUUACAGGGGAGAGCUGGGUGGCAGAUUGGUCUAGCCGACCUGAAAAUAUUCCUCCCAAGGAGUUCCAGUUCCGGCACCCAAAGCGAUCAGGUCCGGUUUCUCUGAGUAUGAGAAAGACAGGUGCUAUGAAGAAAGGGGGAGUGUUUUCUGCCGAAUUUCUCAAGGUGUUCAUUCCCUCUCUUCUGCUCUCUCACCUCCUUGCCCUGGGAUUAGGGGUCUAUAUUGGGAAGAGGCUGAGCACACCCUCUACCAGCUCAUUUUAAACCCAAACAAAUACCAGUGCCUGAAAUUUCCAUAAGAUCCAGUGGUGGCAAAGUUGUGUCCAAAUAUCUCUAACUUUUAUUGUAUGUUAGACUUUCUCUUUCCUAUUCAUUUUUCCCCCAUGCUCUCAGCUGUCAUGCUGAAAUUCUUUAUGACCUAUUACCAGAAAAUGCUGGGCGGUUUAUUUGCUGCCUUUACCUUGAGUUAAUAUUUUGCUUGCCCUCUAACACUGUGUUGAAUUGAUUGGUUGUAGGUGUUUCAUCUCCCUUGCAUAUUUUGUUGUUAAUUUAAAACAAGCUUUUCCUCUUUUAUGCUAACAUGUAAGGCAAACAGAGAUUGCAUUUGUGAUGCCCCAAACCAUACAACUACUACAACCACCAGCACAUUACCAAACUAUCAUUUCUUUGUGUGCUUGGUAUCUAUGAUAAAGGUGCAAUAGUGUUGUUAUGUUUAGCUUUAUAAAUGGCUAAUGUGCAUUAGGAAGUAGAAUAUUUCGUUUUCUGCUCCCCUCUAGUUUCCAGUGAAACACACAUUCUGUUUUAUGAUGCCAACCAAUUAACUUGUGCCAUCUUUGAAGAAAGUCCACUUCCAGCAUUUUGUAUUAUUCCAAUUCUAGUACUGUGGUCUUAGUUAUCUUUAUCAUCCUUGCAGUGCUAUUUCAGUGCUGUUUCUGAAGUAAUUCUGAAAAGACACUUGUAUUUUAUUGGCUGCUAUUAUAAUUUCCCACAGCACCUUAAAGAUUGAAAUAUGGCAGAAAGGCUUUAAAUAGACUGUUAAUAGCACAUACUUGAACAUUUUGGUUUUAUUGAAAGCUAUCUGCCUUACAUAGCCUUGUGAUUCUUUUGGUUAUCACGAGGUUUGGUAGGGACCACUAACUGAUUUUUCAAUCUAAAUCCAUUUUUGAAAUCUGCUUUUGGUGGAUGUUUUUUGGGGUACAAAGGUAAACAAGGAUAGGCCCUGAUGAUAUGGGAGUACACUGGAAAAAAACUUUUUUUUCCCUUUUUGUAUACAAACAUUAUGUCAAUGAAGUUAUUCUUCCAGACAUCACAAAAAUAGGCAGUGUACAAUAUAAUAGCCUUAUCCAGAUAUAAAUAGAGGGCGGAUUAUAGUAGCAGUGGAACAUUUGCAUGCUUCCCAAUUUGAAGAGAAGUUACACUGCAGUGAUUUACUACAUGCAUACUCAUUUGCCAUGAUGCAUAUCAUUCUGUUAUAGAUGAGGCUUAUAGAAUCUACAUACUAUGCUCCUGAGUGCCAAAGGGUCUCCACUGUGAUGUUUACAUCUGCAAGACCCAACACUGACUAAUUCUAUAGUAAAUCUAGUUCUAAAAGUUAAUGUAGCUCUGUCUAAAGUCUCUUAUCAGCGCAGUUCUGUUGCACACACCAUUUUGGCAUUACAAAAUGUCAUGCAAAACAUUUUAUUGUAACUGCGUAUACAUAAUUUAGAUUUGUGCAGCGUGAAACAUUUCUGUUGUCAUCUGUCGUUUAAAAAUGUGAAGUAGGAUCUUUUUUUCCCUUUCCUCUCAUUUCAGUGUUCAAAGGUACAGUCUGUGAUAUUUCUCCCCUUUUAAAUUCCAUAGUGUCAGUAGGACUAUCUGCUUUAUGGCUGUUAAAAUGUGAACCCAAGCAAGGUUUAUUGAAAAUAUGCUUAAACUUUAACUUAAGUUUACAUUCAUGACAAAACAUCUGGCCUUUGGAUAGGAAUGACUCUAUAAAAAAACAAUAACAUUGCUUAUUGUUAUGGGUAGAUUUAUACAGAUUAAAUCUUACCUCAGACAUUGUCCCCGAGACUUAUUUUAACAAACAUUAAAACGUUUGUGAUUAGCAGGUGGUUCUUUGGGGAACAGGUGAACAAGAGGUAUUUUUUUUUUUUGUGUGUCUAAUAACAGAAGGUUUAGGGUAAACUUAUUAUGUCCCAUAUUGCAUGAUUACAUUUGCUUUGGAAGAAAAGAAGAAAAGUUGAUCCAUGAGUGGGACAAAUAACUGUGAAUGAAAAAAGUAGCAUGUUACAGCAAGAUAAACUAAGCCUAAUUUGUCUGUAAAGGAUAGAUUUUCUAUAAUGUUCAUUCUACUCGCAUUCUAUUGAGCUUUUUGUUUGCUUGAUUGUUUUUUCAUCUUUGUUUGCUUGUUUUUGUGUUUUUUUGUUUUUGUUUUUUUUUUGACCAUGAGAGAAUGACUGAAAUGUGUUGUUUGGGGCAGGGCCCUCAUGUUGUGGUUUGUUUUUCAUUUGAGUGUUGGAAGUGAUUAAGCAGAAACAUUAAUUUGUUUAACGUUCACAUAUUGGAACUUAAGAAAUCUUACAUUAAAAGUCCCAAUUACACUCCAA